UAGCACUUGCAACAACAACUCGUGUACUUCUCGUUGCACCUUUCUUCUUCCCGCUUGUUCAUAUCCCUCGAGCGUGUAUGGUAAUGAUCUCUCUUCGGCCGGAUGACGCACCGGCACUCUGGUUGACCCAUGGAGUCUGCCCCUCCAUCCGAGGGCCUUGAGGCCUCUUUGCUUCGGCGCUGGUUCCCUCAGUCGGCGGCCGGCAUAUCCACGCUCCAGCAACAUGAGCGUUUCUCGGAGACGGACCUCAGAGACAUCUCCGACGUGCUGCGGCGCGUUGGCAAGGGUGCAUGGUCGCGCAUCCCCCGCGUCUACGCCGUCCUGCGGCUGAUGGACCGCCUCGACGCAAUUGACCUUUUUCUCGCGCAGAGUAUCUCCGACGUCUACUUUCCCUUCAGCCACCAGACGCUGCCACAGUCGCUGAAUCCCUCGGUCGCCCAGGGCUUCCUCCAGGUGCAACGCGUGGUGCUAUCGAGCGCUCUCGAUCUGGAGCGCGAAACGGGCCGCCACCGACACUUUGCGAGCGCCGCCGACGUCCCGUUCAUCAAGGUGGAAGAUCUAGGGAAGGGCACAUACGGAUUCGUGGACCGGGUGAUCAGCACCAUAAGCCACAAAGAAUACGCGCGGAAGCUCAUCCCGCGAGGUCGCACCUUCCGGCGCGACCAGCGAAUAUUGCGCGACUUCGAGCGCGAGCUGGGCGCCCUCAAAAAGCUGCGCCAUCAUCGCCACAUUGUGCAGCUGAUUGGCAGCUACACGGACCCGAGAUUCGUGGGCAUUGUCAUGUCUCCUAUUGCUGAGUGUGACCUCAAGGAGUUCCUGAACAAUUGUGUUUCCGACGGCAAGGCCAACCCGCACUCGCCCAAGUCAUUCACCCGCUCCUUUUUCGGCUGCCUCACGUCUGCUCUGUGCUAUUUGCACGACAGCACUAUUCGACACAAAGACAUCAAGCCUCAGAAUGUGCUGGUUUCGCAACAUACCGUGUACCUCACCGAUUUCGGCAUCUCCUUGGACUGGUCCGAGGUCGGGCAGAGCACGACAACAGGGCCGACGCCGAAGACUGCACGUUACUGCGCCCCAGAGGUCUCUGACUACGCGCCGCGGAAUACGUCCUCGGACCUGUGGUCGCUUGGGUGCAUAUUCCUCGAGAUAUGGACGGUUCUGAAAGGUGAGACCAUCGCGAACCUUCAUGCCUUCCUCGAAGCGAAUGGAUCUAUGUCAUCAUGUUACCACGUCAACAGCGAAGCCACCUUCGCUUGGAUAAAACGCCUAGAGUUGAAAGCUACCCCAGCCGACAAUCCCCCAAUAGACUGGAUGCGUCACCUACUCGUUGAAGAAAAGGGUAAGCGGUGGACAGCACGACAGCUACUCUCAGAGAUUGAAUCUGUCAAUUCUAAUCCUGAGGUGAAGUUCGCCUUCUCUGGACAAUGUUGCAUGGAAGAGCUAGAGUCUGCCGAGAGCGUGGUUUCCUCGACUGGUUCUCUUCACGAGAGCUCUGUUACUGGCUUGGUAGCCCGACAGUCGCCUUCCACGAGCACCGCGACGAUUGAGCUAGCCGGGGAGGAACGACUCAAAGCACAGUUUGGACCUGUUCCGACCUCAUCAUCGUCACCGCUCAAGACCGCGGCAUCGAGCCGCUCGAGCAAUGUUACAUCAAACUCGAAAACCAUCAAGCCUCUGUCUGAUAGGACUCCGAUGACAGAAGACAGUAUCAAAGGCCCUUCAUCUUCAUCAGAACUUGCUCUAGAAGGUACUCCGAACAGCGAGGAGGGCGUGCCGCUGGACGUGCCCGAGCUGCGAGAAUUCGCUCAGUGGAUGCAGAAGCGGAUUGACGACUCAGGUAGACCUCAGUCUAGCCACCCCGAGAUCACACCAGCAAGCCAGCAUCAUGCAGAAACACGAUUGCCAUCACUGGCUUCGCUAGAGACCGGCGAACCACCAUCAUCAUCCUCGGAUGUUUUGGAGACUAGUGCGGCCGACAUGAUAGCUGAACUAGCCUUUGACUUAGCGGCAAGGAACGAAAAGCGCUCAAGUGGGCAGUUCGAUGUGGAGUCAAACAUGCGGGCCGAUGAACGAGGAGAGCAGAUAUCAGAUCACGCACCUCACGCCUCUGAGAAAACUGCCACCAAUACUACAGACGAGGAGUCCAUGCUCUCCCAUGAUCAUAUGAGUUAUCGACCGGAAGGGGAUUCAAUCUCCACCGCUCCGGAAUACCCGGUUCAACCCACUAAAGACUCCUCGCACAAAAGCCCCAACAGUUCGUACGUCGCUUCCCCCAGUGCUCAAUACGAAUGGAAUACGCCUGAGCGCGGCAACUCAAAUUCCAUCUUUGGCAUCCAAAAGCUUUCAAGGUGUUCACAGGCGGCAGCCUCGAGCAGCCAUGGAAUUCCUGCUCACGCGCAUGUCAUGCAACCGGAUGAGUCCACCUUGGAAUUGGACACCCAAGCUCGGGAUGAUCUCAGUGUUUCUAGUGGAGAGCAAGACAUUUCGACGAUCGAAGAUAGCAUAGCGCCAACACACGGCCCAUCCAAGGCCGAUGCCACUAGGCCCGCAGAAGAUCGCGAGGAAGUAACCCUGCAGCCGUUGGAGAAGUCUGAGGAGGUUGAAUAUGGUACAUCUAAGCCGUCUACAUCGACCGGGCCCACCGAAAUCGGUGAUGUUCUACCAUCCCGACCUACCGCACCAUUCAUAGGCUCGUCUAGGAAUCAGGGCUGGCCGGCUGAUGUGCCCAGAAACGACACUCUUCUGGACGCUCAUCGCCAGACACCCGCUUCGAAAUCGGACGAGGACUCCGCUCAUCUUCAAUCUACACCUCUGGAAGACCUUCCAUCUAGAGUGCUUCAGAUGCGCCGACUGCGGUAAAAUUGUAGCGAGCAGCUUCUUUCCCGUACCGGGUAAAAUCAUAGGCGGAAAGUUUCUUCCCAUUACGAACCCGCCCGAGGAGCACAGCGAAGAGGUCCCACUCUGCGAAACCGACCACUUCCGUCGCCUGGAUCUUUUAUGUCAUACCUGUGGAGGAGCUCUUAGAGACUUUUAUGUCACAGCGCUGAAUCGCAAAUACCACGCUCA